CGACACCUGAGCGGGAGUAGGUGUGGCAGUCCGCCCCCAACAGCGGUAACAGCUUCGUCAGCAGCAACAGGGAUAAAAUCAUCAUCCUUAUCUUUUGGUGGACAAGAAACAGCGGUCGUAUUAGUGAUAAAAAACAAUGAUGACGCAGAAGGUUGUGUUGGUGAUGGUGUUGUAUGGUGUGAUGGCAGCCAGCCUCGUACUUGCCCAUAAGGUGGAGGAAAGGAACCCAUUGGAAGAAGAGAUGGAGGAGGAUGACGAGAGCGAGGAGAUGGAUUGGACACUGGAGGAUGAGGUCUUCGGUCCAAGUGAGAAUAGGCAUCAAGGUAUACACAUUCUGGACGAGGACCACCAGAUCAUCAUGAGUGAACCUUCUGAUCGAGUCUUGAGGCUGAUAGCUCCACGUGACGGCCAACCAAACGAUAUCACCAUUAAACAGGUGAAGGCCCUGUACCGGAAGCUGAACGAGCGCAACGCAGACCACAGCCAAGCCCGUUACUCCAAAGACAACUUCCUGGAGAUGCUGGCCAUGGAACAGCAGGCAAACAAGGAAAAGGACGCCAAACAACAGGACUCUCUCUUGAAGCGCCUCAUUAAUUUGGUUUGGUAAACACAUCAUGGGAGAUAAUAUUGGAGAGUCAAAAGGAUAUUAAACACUUAAAUAAAGCUUGACAAUAUCUGAAGCACCUGCACACAAGGUAGAGAGACUAGCCCGACUUGCAUUUAAAGCUAUGUGACAGUUAAUGUUUGCUAUCACAAAGAAGUUAUCCAGUUUUCAUUAUUUUGGGACAAAUUAUAUUUCUGGGUGUAGUUAAUGGAAAUAGAUGACGCUAUAGUUGUUGUAUUCAUGUUUGAUCUUUGCGAUAUACUGUACGUAACUAUUUCUGGGAAUAAAUUAUAUGACUGACUGUGUAAAUAAACACUUUAAAUGCUA